GGCGUCUCCCUACGUUGUCAUGGGUUGCAGGGGGAAUAACUGAUUCGACAGCGAUGAAUCACGAAGUGCCUGUCGAUAUUGAUGGGGUGGCUCUGCUUCGAGAUGGGAAUGAAGAUUCUGAUUCAGCUCGCCGUGCUGUCCAUUGGGAUGGGGAGACACAAAUCCGAGAGGCGCUGAUCAGCGAGCUUCCUUCCAGAGCUCUUGGGACAGGGGUAGCUCAUUCCGCUCCUGCCACCAUCUCUCGAGAUGGCUCCACAAAACAGAGAGCAAAGCCAAGGUUGAGAAACUUGACUUGGAAAAAUACUCUACGCCAUCGGAGACUCCAGGCCAUGAUUGGAUCAGGUGAAGAAGAAGUGGAAUCUGCCAUUCUUAAGAUUGUUCAGGAAGACACAAAAGGAGAGUCUUCUCAGAUCCAAGCUCUUAGAAAGCUGGCAGAGCCACUUACAUUCCGAAGAAGGGUGAAGAAUCAAUUGAGUGCUCCAAAAGAUGAUGUUAACAUGAAAUCCAUUGGAAUUUGGACCCAGUUUGUCCUUAGUAUAAGCAUCACAUUCCAGAAAACCCGCAUUGCUCUCAGUGAGGCUAUGACAGAUUGGGCUCUGUGGAGUAGUGCUUUGCGGGAGAUAGAAGGGCACUUUGGAAGUGGAGUUGGGACAUACUUUCGUUUCCUUCGCAGGCUCUUCCUCAUUAACAUCUUCCUUUCCAUCAUCAUCUUGGGCCUGCUGUUUGUACCUAACAUCCUCAUGAAGCAAUACCCAGACAAUGUCUCCUAUCCUGGGUUGGAUAUCUCUGUUGAUAAUGCACGUGAACGAUUAGCCAUCUAUCACACUCAGGAUUUGUUUGCACCUAGAAGUGAGCUAAAGGUUUCACUUAAUGAGUCUCAUGACUUCAAUUUCAUGGACAUCUUCACUGGAGAAGGCUGGCUGAACCAAACAGAUGUGUUCUAUGGAAGUUAUUCAUCUGGCCGGCUGUCUAAUCGCAUUCCUGGGAUGGACUUUGUCAUGCCUGAAGCCUACUUCUUUACCAUGUGUUUCUGCAUUUUCAUUGGCAGUGUCAUUCUUUCUCUCAAUGCAGCCUUUUCAUACAAGCAAAAUUUCAUCAUGGCUGAGGGUGAAAAUCGGAAUCAGCUCAUUGGGAAGAUUUUCUGUGGAUGGGAUUAUAGCAUUACUUCACAACGUGCUGCUGACAUGCGAUCUAAAAGCAUUUUCAAUGAUCUCAAGGACUACGUGGAGCAGCUACGUAAAGAAAAGGUAGAGAUUAGCAGAAGAAGGUUGGUCAUCAUCAUUGGUGUGAACAUCUCAGUCAUUUUCAUGGUUGCGUGCUCUGCUCUUGUUGUGCUGCUUCUCCUUGAUCCUUCUCUAAUUGCUUCCAUGGAAUCAUGGAGUGAAGGCACUAGGUCCAAGUUGCAUCUUUGGGCUGUUCCAUUAAUAAUUGCAGUCCUCAUUUAUACUUUGCCUGUGAUAUUCUCUGCUUUGGCCAAGUAUGAAGACUACUCCAAUCCCCGGAUGCCACUCUAUGUCACCCUCUUCAGACUCAUUUUGAUGCAGGCUACCAUCAUGGGAUGUGUAGUGUCCCAUUUUAUUAUUCGCAAGGACAAUUUCGUUUGUUGGGAGAAUUUCUUUGGUCAAAUGAUUUAUCGGCUGAUGAUCAUGGAUUUUCUCAUCUUUGGUGUUCUUGGGGCUAUCCUGGAGUUCAUAAGAAAAUUCCUCAACAAGAAAAUCCCAUUUUUGGAAAGAUGGGGGAACUCUGAGUUUCAGAUUGCACGCAACAUCCAGAAUUUGCUUUAUUCACAGACCCUUGUCUGGCUGGGUCUCUUCUUCUGUCCAUUCAUUCCCAUCAUUGCUUCUAUCUGCAUGUUCGUCAAUUUCUACUUGAAGAAGUUUUCUGCUUUGAUGAAUCAGCAGAUGUCUGCUCGGACAUGGAGAGCAGCUCAAGCAGAGACAGUUUACCUCUGCUUAGCUUUUGUCAUGCAAAUCAUCACUCUGGUCCUCUUCUUCUACAUGAUUAUCUCUGUCCCAAUCUCAAAGGAUUGUGGGCCUUUCCGUGACCUCAACAUCACCCUUGUGUCAGAUCUCAUGCUCCAUUUGGUUGACUUUUGGGACAGCAGCUCAGACUUUUUCCUCCGACUCAUUGCCUUUCUUCAGAAGGGAGGCAUCAAGUUUGCAGUCAUCCUAUUUAUUCUGGCUGGGGUUUAUUAUCUACGCAUAGUGGCUCAUGCACAUUCCAAAAUUGUGGAUGUUGUUCGUCAGCAAUUGACUCUUGAACGCAAGGACAAGGCCUACCUCCUGCGGCGUAUUGAGGUUGAGAUGAAGAGUUCUCGAUCACGGCGUUCUUUCUCAAGGAAUCUGAGUGAUUCAACUGGAAGUAUAGAUUCCCUGGAGCCAUCCAAUAAUGUACUGAUUGAAUCUUCCCGGAAGGAGGAUUUUUCAUAUGACAACACAGCUAUGGAGCUGGAGAAUUCCCCUUUACCUUCACUGGACAGGUCCAUGGAAAGGGAAAGACCAGUUUCAGCAUGGAAUUCAAGGCCAAGGCAGUCCUUCACUCGAGGCCCAGGUGUCAUCUCCCCUAUGCAGUCUCGGCCUCAUCAACUUCUUGCUCGAGACCACAGCUCUGCUUCCUCUAUUUCUGCUGAACCAGCACAGCAACCACCAAGGCUCCCAUUGCAGGAAACAAGUGGAAGAGGUCCAUCCUUUGUCAGAGACCCAGGUUUCAUAUCUCCUUCUUAUAUGGGCCAGGAUUUAAGGAAUCGGCGUCCUAUGGAUCGAACCACAGGUGCUAAUCUUGAGGAGAAUCUAUCAGGAACUGACCUGUACCAGAGCAUCUUAGCCCAAGCAUCUAGUGAUGCAUACCGCAUGAGGCCAUCCUAUGGGCCAGCUGAAAGGAGGAGGGAGCCACAAAGAUUCAUGGAGGCAGUUCCAAGAAAUGAUUCAUUUUAUUCAGGAGGAAGAGACAGGCAGAGGCAGUUGAUACAGAGCCCUAGAAUUCAUGCUGGAGGGCCAUAUGGAAUGCCUUCCUAUACACAGAGUCAGCCCCAAGGAAGGGCUCCAUAUGAUGCACUGCAGUACCAAAGUCAAAUGCAUAGUAUGGAGCGCUCUCGCUAUGGGCAGGGCUAUCCACAAUAUUACUCUUCAAAUCGGUAUUGAAAGCAUUUAAAGUCUUCCAUUUGAGAUUCCACAACAGUGUACUUUCUUUGAAUUGCAUAUUUUUCAGAGUAAUUCCAGGCUUUUGACAUAAUUGGCUCUUUUUGUUCUGGCAAGUCAAUUUAUAAAUCUGUGAUACCUGAGUGCCAAAGACAGUCAAUAAAUUUUGCUGCCAUCGAUAAUGAUUAGAGGUUUAUCAAGGACUGGUUGCUGAUACUUAUUCUGGAUGUUCCUCAUUGCCAUGUGAAGGUGACUUUCAUGGGAAGCAUUCAUUUCAUAAUUUGGUGGCUUUCAUAAAUUUAUCGAACAAUUAUAUUUUAUAGAUGCUUAUGUAAUGCAUCAGUGAUUUUGACUUCAUGAUGUGUUUAUGGCAUUCAGUUUGAAAUUGUGUCUUUCAUGGUUGAUUUUUGCUUAUUUUCUGGUGACAAUUUUUUCUUCCAAAAUAUAUUGUUCAUGAAUACAACAUUUUUACCAGUCU